GCCAAGCCAAUUCCGGCCGGGCCGGAAAGAAAUGAUGAAGGGCUGUCGCUUCCUGAAGCUCGGGGUGAAUAUUGUGUACCAUAGAGUUGGAAGAAAUAUUGGGCGAGGGUUUAUUCGCGAUUAACAAGAUUCGGGGUAGUGAAAAACAGGAUUUAAAACAUGGAUAGUCGCUUACAAGAGAUCCGGGAGCGACAGAAGUUACGGCGACAGCUCCUCGCGCAGCAGUUGGGAGCAGAAAGUGCCGACAGCAUUGGAGCUGUGUUAAAUAGCAAAGAGGAGCAGAGAGAAAUUGCUGAAACAAGAGAAAGCUGUAGUUCUUCCAUUUUACUUGUCAGGGCUUCCUAUGAUACUUCUGCUCCAAAUGCAAAACGUAAGUACUUGGAUGAAGGAGAGGUAGAUGAAGACAAAGUGGAAGAAUAUAAGGAUGAACUAGAACUACAGCAGGAAGAAGAAAAUUUGCCAUAUGAAGAAGAGAUUUACAAAGAUUCUAGUACUUUUCUUAAGGGAACACAGAGUUUAAAUCCCCAUAAUGAUUACUGCCAACAUUUUGUAGACACUGGGCAUAGACCUCAGAAUUUCAUCCGGGAUGUAGGUUUGGCUGACAGAUUUGAAGAAUAUCCAAAACUGAGGGAACUCAUUAGGUUAAAGGAUGAGUUAAUAGCUAAAUCUAACACUCCUCCUAUGUACUUACAAGCAGAUAUAGAAGCCUUUGACAUCAGAGAACUAACACCCAAAUUUGAUGUGAUUCUUUUGGAACCUCCUUUAGAAGAAUAUUACAGAGAGACUGGCAUUACUGCUAAUGAAAAAUGCUGGACUUGGGAUGAUAUCAUGAAGUUAGAAAUUGAUGAGAUUGCAGCACCCCGAUCAUUUAUAUUUCUCUGGUGUGGUUCUGGGGAGGGACUGGACCUUGGAAGAGUGUGUUUACGAAAAUGGGGUUACAGAAGAUGUGAAGAUAUUUGUUGGAUUAAAACCAAUAAAAACAAUCCUGGGAAAACCAAGACUUUAGAUCCAAAGGCUGUUUUCCAGAGAACAAAGGAACAUUGCCUUAUGGGGAUCAAAGGAACUGUGAAGCGUAGCACAGAUGGGGACUUUAUUCAUGCUAAUGUUGAUAUUGACUUAAUUAUCACAGAAGAACCUGAAAUUGGAAAUAUAGAAAAACCUGUAGAAAUUUUUCAUAUAAUUGAGCAUUUUUGUCUUGGAAGAAGACGUCUUCAUCUAUUUGGAAGAGAUAGUACAAUUCGACCAGGCUGGCUUACAGUUGGACCAACGCUAACAAACAGCAACUACAAUGCAGAAACGUAUGCAUCCUAUUUCAGCGCCCCAAAUUCCUACCUGACUGGAUGUACAGAGGAAAUUGAGAGACUUCGACCCAAGUCGCCUCCACCCAAAUCUAAAUCUGACCGGGGUGGUGGAGCUCCCAGAGGCGGAGGGAGAGGGGGAACUUCCACUGGCCGUGGUCGAGAAAGAAAUAGAUCCAACUUCCGAGGAGAAAGAGGUGGCUUUAGAGGGGGCCGUGGAGGAGCACACAGAGGGGGCUUUCCACCUCGAUAACUUUUACACAUUGAUCCUCCUUGUAGGCCCCUCUGCCCCUUUUCAUUGUGGGAGAUUUUAGGACUUCAUUCCAGCUUGCGCUUAGGUAUAGUUUCUCUAAGCUACCAGGAGCAGCUGUGCCCCUUCUCUUGCAGUUGUCACACACACCGUUUCUGAUUUGGUGUAGGAUAAAUGAGUGAUCUUGCUGUUGUCAUGUGCAUCUGCCUGGCCAGAAUUGAAUAACGCAAGUAGCUUCACCUUCAGGGACCGCGUUUACUCUAAUUCCAACUCAUUGCAAAGGCUUUUACUCUUUAGAAAUAGUUGAACACAGAUGACUUGAUCUGUGGUUAUCAUCCUAGUGCUGACAGUAUAAGGCACAUCCUGCCACUGCUGUCACAGUAAAGGGGAAACUGUUUGGGAGACCUGAUAGACUGGAGUUGGACAGAUGGUCAGCUUGUGUCAGGGUUUUACCAGUUGCUUGCUGAAAUGAUAAAAAAAAGUAGACUUCAGGGGUCUUUUUUCCUUUAAAAUUUUUUUAAAAAUAAAUUUUAAUUUUGUGUAGCUAAAAUGACACUUAAUCAUGCCUCUCAAGAAGCAAAUGAGGACAAAUAUCCCAGUAUUAGGUCUCUGGUGUAGAUUUGAACUUCACUGACCUUCAGAGCAGUCUCAUACUCCAACAAAGUAAAAGUAAUGGAAGCAUUAAUAGAGACGCCUGGUCUCUACUGGGUUUGCCAUAAACAUUUGGGGGAAUAAAUACUUGGUGAUGAGGGAUGACAUAAACCUUGAUAUUGAAAAAAUUUCAUGUAAAAGCAAUACAGAAAACCUUCAACUGAAGAAUGUAACUUGGAAAAUGGAACUGAAGUUCCUUUUUACUAAAACCAUAUGGUGUGAUACUUGUUUUUAAGGGGCUGGUUGUGCAGACCAGUUAGUUGUAUAUUACUUCAUGCUGUUAUUUCUCUUCCUAUAUUGUAACUUACGUUUAAAUGAAUUUGAUGAAAUUAUACUAUUAUUCUUGACAAAUGCUUUAUUUUUUACAAUUUUCUAAUGAAACUUUAAACCUUUGAAAUUUGAGUCUUGUUUUCUGUAACUAGAAUUACUGUUAGUACAUGAAGUGGGCCAGGAAUUUGUUUUAUUCCAGAGUAGUUGUCUUUUGUAGACACAUUUGCAUAUUAAGCAUGGGAGAAUUUACUAGCUGCCAUUUAUCUAUCUCUUCUGUUUUUUUAACUUUGGUUUUCUCAUGUUAAGAAAAGCAAGAGUAGUGAAAGAGUACCUUUGUACAUAGCCAAUGACUUUGGCCUCCGAGGUGGGGAGCCUAUAGUGAGGGUGAAAAUUUGAAAGCCUGUCCCCUGGGUAAGCUGGGCAUCACUUGUGAACCCCAGCUAAUUGUCAGUACAGAGGGAAAAGAGUCAUGUGAUGUUCAUGUGAAAUCUUCCUAAUUUUUAAGAGGUUGAUAAUUAGUUUGCAGCCUUUGCUUACCCUUUCAGGAGCUAAAAUGUUUUAAAAUUAGACUACCUAAACACUGCAUGCAUAUUUUAAUUUCUGUCCUGUAAAUACUAUGUGACCAAAUUUACUAAAAGAAGAGGAAAAAAAGUUACUCUCUUGGAACAAGGAAUCAUUUCAUUUUGAAACUACACUAUAUAGUUGGUUUACUUUGGAACAAACACCAAUAAGAUUGCAGACAUGGGUGAUAAUUUAAAGUUGCCUAUGUAGUUGUGAGGACUGCAAGCCACCCAUCUGCUCAAUGGGAGAAAAUGCAGACAUUUAGGCCAAACUGUCAUAAAACACCUCUUAAGACAAUCCUAUACUUGUACAAAUUCGUAAUUUACAAUUGUUAGUAUCAUACGAGAAUGACCUCAUCAUGUUGCUUUUAUAUAUAUGUUUUAUCUUUUUAAAAGCAGAGGACAAAAAGUCAAAAUAAUUUUUUGAGAUAUAUUAGAAGCUUGUAGUGGUGGUUAAAUAAUGCAGGUAAUUGUGUAAAUGUCUUGUGAUAUUGGUUGUUAUUUUAUAGGCUUAUGCGUUUCAAAACAACUUCUGGGUUGUCUUUAAUACUUGGUAAAAAAUAAGAUUGUGAUAUAAUAUUGACCAUAAUUUAGGUUAGUUACAUAGGUAGAGUCUUUGGCCUCGUCUAAGUAGCAAGGCUGAUAGCAUGGUAAGUACAGGCUCAGUUUUAUAGCUUACAUUUCUUUCCCCCAAGUAUAGUGAGAGUAGAGAACUUUGACUAAGUUUGGACAAAGGUAGUAAAGCUUCCCUGUGGCUAGAGGUGCACAUGCAGUUAGGUUUAUUAUAAAAACAUGACUUUUUUUUAUUAGAACGAGACUAUCUUUUGCACACUAAUUUACUGUUAGAAUUCAUAUGCUGCUUAAAUCUUGCCCAAUUCAUAAAUGUAAUAACCUUUAUGCCACGUAGGCAUAUUAGAUCCUGAAGUAUUGAUCAGGAAACAUAAAUCUAAAUGCUAUCUAUUAAUCUAAAUAUUAAUCUUUUCGCUGUCCCCAUGGGAUAGCAUAAAACUGUUCUUCAGAUAUGGAUGAUAUAUAUUUAACAGUUUUUUAUGGACCUAGGGAACAGCUCAGCCUGACAAAUACUGGGCUUGUAUAAAAGGUCUUAAAGUUACAAAUUUUUGUUGCAAGAGUUUAUUUUUAUAACUAGUAACAAUUUAAAAAUAUAUGUAAAAAGCAUAGCUUAAUUCUUAUGCAACUCAUACAUUAGUGAAACUGUAUCUGCAAUCAUUACUGUAGUUUCUUUACCUGGAGGCUGGUAAUACUGCCUGCCCAAACUGACUUUGUUUGUGUUGUUAAAACUGGAUUUUCAUGUUUGGAUGACAGUAACUCUGGAAAUCAUGUGUAUGAUGCUGUAUUUUGGGAAGUGGGAGAGUUUAGCCUGGAUAAGACAUAAUAGGGACAUACAUGUGAUACCUUUGAACUACCUGAAAACUACUGUCAAGUGAAGAAGGAAUUCAUUUUUGGCCACAAAACAUAGAGCACUUGCACCCACUGGAAGGAGAAUUUUCAAAGAAAAAAGCCUGCUAAAUAAAAUUUUCUAACAGGA